CCAGCUUACAGCACCUUCUAUAUCGUUGGGCUGGUGUUGUCCAUGCAGGUGCCUUUCGUGGGAUUUCAGCCAAUCAGAACGAGCGAGCACAUGGCAGCAGCUGGUGUGUUUGCCCUGCUCCAGGCCUACGCCUUCCUUCAGUACCUGCGAGACCACCUGACGAGGCAGGAGAGGCAGGCCCUCUUCUACCUGGGGGUGGGCUCUGCUGGCCUGGUGGUCUUCCUCACCGUCAUAUACCUGUCCUGCAUAGGUUGCAUCGCACCGUGGAGUGGCCGUUUCUACUCUCUAUGGGAUACCGGCUAUGCUAAGAUCCACAUCCCCAUCAUCGCGUCGGUGUCUGAGCACCAGCCCACCACCUGGGUCUCCUUCUUCUUCGACCUCCACAUCCUGGUCUGCACCUUCCCCGCCGGACUCUGGUUCUGCAUCAAGAACAUCAACGACGAGCGCGUCUUCGUGGCCCUGUAUGCCAUCAGUGCGGUGUACUUCGCUGGCGUGAUGGUGCGUCUCAUGUUGACUCUGACGCCGGUCGUCUGCAUGCUGUCGGCCAUCGCCUUCUCCAGCGUCUUCGAGCGUUACCUAGGCGACGACAUGAAGCGCGAGAGCCCGCCCGCCGACGACAGCAGCGACGAGGACGACAAGCGUAACCCCGGAAACCUCUAUGACAAGGCUGGUAAGGUGCGUAAGCAUGUGUCUGAGCAGGAGAAGUCUGAAGAGGGGCUGGGUCCCAACAUCAAGAGUGUUGUCACCAUGCUGAUGCUGAUGCUGCUGAUGAUGUUCGCCGUCCACUGCACCUGGGUCACCAGCAACGCAUACUCCAGCCCCAGUGUAGUGCUGGCAUCCUAUAACCACGACGGGUCCCGGAACAUUCUGGAUGACUUCAGGGAGGCGUACUAUUGGCUGAGGCAGAACACGGAUGAGCACGCGCGCGUCAUGUCCUGGUGGGACUACGGCUACCAGAUAGCCGGCAUGGCUAACCGCACCACGCUGGUGGACAACAACACAUGGAACAACAGCCACAUAGCACUGGUGGGCAAAGCCAUGUCGUCCAAUGAGAGCGCUGCGUAUGAGAUCAUGCGUAGUCUGGACGUGGACUAUGUGCUGAUCAUCUUCGGCGGUGUCAUUGGUUACUCUGGCGACGACAUCAACAAAUUCCUCUGGAUGGUCCGGAUAGCAGAAGGGGAGCACCCCAGAGAUAUACGGGAGAGUGACUACUUCACGCCGCAGGGAGAGUUCCGCGUAGACAAGGCCGGCUCCCCCACGCUGCUCAACUGCCUCAUGUACAAGAUGUCCUACUACCGCUUUGGAGAGAUGCAGUUGGACUUUCGGACGCCGCCAGGGUUCGAUCGGACGCGUAACGCGGAGAUCGGCAACAAGGACAUCCGCUUCCAGCACUUAGAGGAAGCCUUCACCUCAGAGCACUGGCUGGUGCGCAUCUACAAGGUCAAGAAGCUCGACAACCGCGAGCCGCUACGCCACAAGCUCCGCACGACCAACACCAACAACAACACCAACACCGUAUCCAAGCAGAAGCACACUGCCAAAAAGAGUGGCAAGAGGAAGCGUGGCUACAUCAGGAACAAGCUGGUCCUGAAGAAAGGCAAGAGGCAACACAGCAGGAAAUAACACUGGACUAGAACUGGACUCAAGAUAACAAGGAAACGAAACGUGACGCGAGACGAACAAAUAAAAACACUACAUUAAGAGCUAAUUAACACAUCACAAUGAAGAGAGAGACACAUUUCAUCCAUGAUGAACAAGGGCAGAAAGCUGGACGCAAAGAAGGAGAACAAAAAAAUGGUGACUGGGUUAGUUGAGUUGGUGAGAGAGCCGAGGUGGAGUUUUCAGCAUUGCACUGCUGCCAUCUGGUGGUCAUCGUGGGGAGUGCGACGAAUCCUGGAACUUGGAGAAUGGUGGUCUAAAGCCUGGUUUUACUAGACCACUUUCAUUAAUUUGUAACUCAUUUUAGGUCUGGAUCCUCGGUGCCCUGGAGCACUUGGGCAGGAGGAGUGAGCUUAGCUCUGGUUUGAAACGAGCUCUGACCAAUUGCUGACGGUUGACAUUCAUGACGUAUGUUAUUAUGCUCUCAAGUGUGUUUGCUUCUUGGCCGGUGACAUCGGUUGUCUGAAAACCGACUGGAAAAACCCUCCCCAGAGAAGCGUAAUCAGACCAUUCGUGGAUCACGAAAUGAAUGGUUUGGCCUGUCAAGCUAAUGGACCAUCAGAGGAGCUUUAGCUCGCAGACAAUAUUAUGGAUUCAAUGUGUUCUACAUAUCUGUUGGCUGUUUUUUUUAUUUUGCUUUUUUUGUCCCACGUGCCUCUUUUCCACUGCUGGUUUUCUGGUAGGCCUACAGCUCCACGCAGCGUGACGCGGCUGCCACUUUUUGCUUUUCGAAUAGGCACUAGUGAAGUGAAGAGUGAAAGCCCAUUGGGAAACUCCAACUCCCAUUGUCAUUGUGACACAGCACUCCACAGCACACAAGUGAACACUGCACACUGCACACAACGAAAUUGCAUUUAUGCCUCACCCGUGCAAGGGGGCAGCCCUCAGUGGCGCAUGGGGAGCAGUGCGGUGGGACGGUACCAUGCUCAGGGUACCUCAGUCAUGGAGGAGGAUGGGGGAGAGCACUGGUUGAUUACUGCCCCCACCAACCUGGCGGGUCGGUAGUCGAACCGGCAACCUCUGGGGUGCAAGUCUGACGCCCUAACCGUUCACCCAUGACUGCCCUACACACACAACUCAAUCGUAAAGCAAAAAGUGUCGGCUGAGUCAAGCUGUAGGCCUACCAAAAACACUGGCAGUGGAAAAGUGGCAUUAGAAUGCUACUUGAAUGUUUGACCACAUCUUGUGGCACAGGCUUUUACUGUGACUCUCAGAGUCGGACAAAGUGGACAGAGGAAGUAAAUGUCUUGCGGUGUGUACAUAUAGGGUGCAUCCCAAUAUGUGACCUUGCCUCCUCCACUUGCCUCCUCCACUUGCUUCUCGUCAUGAUGACAUCACU